UUUGUUACUUUGAUUUCUUUCUUGUCACUGUUGUUUUAGAAACCCUGGACACAACGUCUGUUAGUUCAUUCUUUUCUUUGUUCCAUCCUUCAUUUGUUCAGUGAUACCCAAUUCUGGAUGAAUGCGCAGGCCCUGGAAUCUCACACACUUCACCAUGAAUCAGGCUCCCUCGAAGCUCCUUGUGACCUUAAUUACUUUAACUUCUGUGGACCUGAUUAUCAAGAUAUGUAAAUGAUAGAUGUUAAUUUCUCAUCGCUGUGUCUUGGGCGUAGUAAGCACUCAACCAAAUAUCUCCCAUUUGUACUGGUUUGCUAGAGCUGCUGUGAAAAAGUACCACAGACCAGAUGGCUCAAAAACAACAGAAAUUUGUUUGUUCACAGUCCUGGAGGCUGGAAGUCCAGAAGCUGGAAGGUGUGGGCAGGGUUGGUUCCUUUUGAGGCCUCUGUCCUUGGCUUGUAGAUGGCUGUCUUCUCCCUGUGUCCUCACAUGGUCGUGCCUCUCUGUGUUUCUGUGUCCUAGUGUCCUCUUCUUUGAAGGACACUUUUCAGGUGAGAUCAGAGUUUACCUUGGUGGUCUCAUUUUACUUUAAUCACGUCUGUAAAGGUUGUCUCCAAAUACAGACACAUUCUGAAAUACUGGGGAUUAGGGCUUCAACGUAUGGAUUUUGGGGGGACGUGAUUUAACCUGUAACCCCAUUACUAUUAGCACUUUCAUUUUCCAUUCACUUUUUUGUUAAUCCACGUAGGCAGUGAAUGUGCUUGGUUGCAUGACCCUUGGUACAUGCUGUACACUUCUGGGAAUACAGAGGAGGAGAUCUGUGCUCCGCUCGAGGCCGGAGAUAUUGGGAGUGGAGAGGUUCCGAUGCUUCCUGCCCAGCUCUCCUUCCAGAGUUCAUCACCGAACAGAGCCCAGCUAAAAGCCCUUUUCACCAUAACAACAGAAGAAAAGAUAACGGUUCUACCAAACCACGGACUCCACGCAGCAGGGUUCUUCGUGGCCUUCAUCCUCUCCCUGGUGCUGACCUGGGCUGUGCUUUUCUUCAUGGUUCGAUAUCAGUGUUUGAAGGGAAGCAUGCUUACCAGACAUCAGGUUCAGCAUCACGAGAGCAAGCUGGAGCGCUCCCAGUUCACCUCAGCUGAUGGUAUGAAUGAAGAUCUCGCGCUAAAUGACCAAAUGAUAGACAUUCUGUCUUCAGAGGACCCCGGGAGCAUGCUUCAAGCCUUAGAAGAGCUGGAAAUUGCAACCCUGAAUCGGGCAGACUCAGAUCUGGAAGCUUGUCGAACCCAAAUCAGCAAAGACAUCAUUGCUCUUCUACUGAAAAAUCUGACCAGCAGUGGCCAUCUCUCCCCUCAGGUAGAGAGGAGGAUGGGUGCUGUUUUCAAAAAGCAGUUUCUGUUGCUGGAGAAAGAAAUUCAAGACGAGUAUGAUCGGAAGAUGGUGGCCUUGACAGCUGAGUGUGACCUAGAAACAAGAAAGAAGACAGAAAGCCAGUACCAGAGGGAGAUGGCAGCAAUGGAGGAAGCAGAAGAGGUGCUGAAACGUGUUAGUGAGAGGUCUGCUAUCGAAUGCAGCAGCCUCCUGCGGACCCUCCAUGGCCUAGAACAGGAGCACCUGAGGAGGUCCCUUGCUCUGCAGCAGGAGGAAGACUUUGCCAAGGCCCACAGGCAGCUGGCCAUUUUCCAGAGGAAUGAACUGCACAGUAUCUUUUUUACCCAGAUAAAAAGUGCUAUUUUCAAAGGAGAACUGAAGCCAGAGGCAGCGAAAAUGCUGCUGCAAGAUUACUCUAAAAUACAGGAGAAUGUAGAAGAGUUAAUGGACUUUUUCCAGGCUAGUAAGAGAUACCAUCUCAGUAAAAGAUUUGGCCACAGGGAGUAUCUGGUCCAGAACAUACAGUCAUCAGAGACCCGGGUGCAGGGCCUGCUUAGCACUGCUUCUGCUCAACUGACCCUCCUUAUCCAGAAACACGAGAGAGCAGGCUACUUGGAUGAAGAUCAGAUGCGGGUGCUCUUGGAGCGGGCUCAGACAGAAGUCUUUUCUAUAAAACAGAAGUUGGACAAUGACUUAAAGCAGGAAAAGAAAAAACUCCACCAAAAAUUAAUAAUUAAGAGAAGACGAGAGAUGCUGCAAAAGCACAAGGAGCAGCGGAGGGAGCGGCUGUCCAUCGCUGAAGCCUUCGGGGCGGCUGAGGAUGCUCGCCAGUACAUGGGCCAGUGGCGUAGCCUGGUGGCCGAGCACAGCGCCACCUUGGAGGAGCUGCAGGAGCGCCUGGACCAGGCUGCCUUGGACGAGCUCAGGGCCCUGACCCUCUCACUGUCCGAGAAAGCCACAGAGCAGCUGCGGCGGCUGCAGAACUCGGUGAUGACCCAGGAGCUGCUCAAGCGCGGGGUCCCCUGGCUCUUCCUGCAGCAGAUCCUGGAGGAGCACAGCAGGGACCUGGCCGCCCGGGCCGAGCGGCUCGAGGGUGAGGAGAGGGACAGAGGCCAGGAGGGCAUUCAGAGCGUGAGGCAGAGACUGAAGGACGAUGCUCUGGAGGCCUCCACGGAGGAGCAGGCGGAGCUGAGACACUGGGAGCACUUGAUCUUCACAAAGCUCUGGUCCUCUGCCUUCUCCCUGUCCGAAGAGGAGCUGCUCGGGAUGAGGCAGGAAGUUCACGGCUGCUUCGCUCAGAUGGACAGGAGCUUGGCCCUUCCCAAAAUCCGGGCCCGAGUCCUGCUGCAGCAAUUUCAAACCGCAUGGCGAGAAGCAGAGUUCCUGAAAUUGGACCAGGCGCUGGCCGCCCCUGAGCUGCAGCCACAGUCCAAGGCAAGGAAGCCACGCUCCAAGAGCAAAAGCAAGACAGACCUUUUGAAGAAGUGCACUGAAGAUAAAAUUCAGCUCUUUGAGGAACAGGCCCCCGAAGACCUGGUUGAAAAGGUCCGAGGAGAGUUGCUUCGCGAGAGGGUACAGCAGCUGGAGGCCCAGGAGGGACGCUUUGCCGAGUCCCUCGUCUCCUUGCAGUUCCAGAAGGCAGCCAGGAUGGCCAAGACCCUGUGGGCGUACACUGCCCUCCUGACCAUCCAGGACCUGCUCCUGGAGGAGCUGAGUGCGUCAGAGACCCUGACCAAGUCAGCCUGCACGCAGAUCCUGGAGUCGCACAGCCCGGAGCUCCAGGAGCUGGAGAGGAAGCUGGAGGACCAGCUGGCGCGCCAGGAGGCGGCCCAGCUGCAGCGGGCCCUGGAGAGUCGGCAGCAGUGGGCAGGUGAGGGGCCUGGGCUUCUGCACGAGCCGGAGGAGGAGACAGAUUCUGAAAGGCAGGUUUCGGCUGUCCUGCGACGGGCCCUGAGCAAGGGUCAGAAGUUACUGGAGCGUCACCAGCAGAGUUUGAGAGAGGAGCAAGAGAACAGUGUCAUGCUUGAAGAUUUGCUGGAGAAUAUGGAGACGGACACCUUUGUGACCCUGUACAGCCAGGAGCUGAGAUUGGCGUCCUACCUGUCGAAGCUGACGAUGCUGCCGGGGAGCACGGUGCGUUGGCUCCUGAGCGUGGCUGUGCCUGCAGCCUUGCAGCCCGAGCUGCUCUCCGUGCUGGAUCCCGUGGGCCAGAGGCAUCAGGACCGCACAGUGGAGAGUGAUGGUGGCGGGGUGCAGGCUGACCUGGGCAGGAGGGGGAAACAUCAGGGCUGGUGGCAAGCCUUUGAGAGCAAACUUCGAGGAGAACUGAUAAGCAGAGGAUUAGAAAAGAUGCUCUGGGCUCACAAGAGGAAGGAGAGCAUAUUAAAGAAGACGUGUCCCCCUCUCAGAGAGAGGGUGAUAUUCUCUGGAAAAGGAAGUUGGCCACACCUGUCACUGGAGUCCAUUGGUGAACUGGCCCCGGUGCCCAUUGUAGGGGCAGAAACCAUUGAUUUAUUAAACACUGGCGAAAAGCUCUUUAUCUUCAGAAAUCCAAAGGAGCCGGAGAUCUCACUGCACCUUCCUCCCAGGAAAAAGAAGAAGAACUUUCUGAAUGCCAAAAAGGCCACUUGGGCCUUGGGCAUGAACUAGCCCAAAGGAAAGCUCCAGGGAGUCUGAAGACAGAAAGAUUUGUUUUCUCCUGCCCACAUGAGUGUGUGUAUGUGUUUAUAAUGUACAACUUGCAGGUAGUAAUUGCACUUGCAGAGGACAGAUACAUCCACUCUCCCUCCCUCACCAUGACUUUCAUGGGCUCAGUUUAGUCUGGUCCCAUGAAUUCCCAGAUGGCCCAUUUCCCUUCAGCAUCGCAAGGGACGUGAAGAGACAGGGGACCAGCCCGUGAACCCUCGUUGCUUUCAGUCCCACCUUGCUGAAGGUCUAGAGGAGCCCCGGGCCCCUAAUUCACAUCCCCGCAACACCUGGCUGAAGAGUGGGCUGUAUGUUGAAGGCAAGGCUCUCUCUUCUCUCACAUUGUGUGUUUGUUACAUAUUCUAUUUUCAUCAAGGGAGCUUUUGAAAGAAGAGCAUUUUCCCUAAAGCUCUUCUCAAGGGAACUCGUCUUUGCUUUCUGUAGGAAGCAUUUAUUUUUAAUCCCUUCUUGGGUUUUGGCCAUCACGUUGUGAUGUUCAAUGGAAAUUUGCCCUCCAUCUUUCCAGGGGCCAGAAGAUGUGCCAGCCACUGGGCGAUACCAUAUCCAACUCAAAUCAGGAAACUCAGAGGCUUAAGGAGGUGAGGGGAUUUAGGCAAGAUGAUAAAGCCACUAAGUAACAAAGCCAGGACUCACUGAACUCUUUACGGCCCCAAACCCUUGUCCCUUCUCCUGGACUUGGUAAAUGGACACAUACCUGCCCUCAGGUGUUUGCCAGCAAACUGACUGCACACAGGUCCUCGUGUUGCACAAAGUGCUUUCCUGUGCCCUGACCCUCUCCAUCCUCACAGUGUGGUUGGAUCAUUAUAUGAGCUUUUCUGAGAACCAGGCAAAGAAUACAAUUAUAAUGGGUCUUUCCUAAGCGUGGGAAAUGAUUAGGCAGGGAAUCCUGUCACCAACGAGAAGAAAAGGGAUUCUGAUGAAACAUCUCUUACAUGAGAGUUGCUUCUAGACCCUUACAGCUACUUGAACCCACUUUUUUUUUUAUAUACAGCAGGUUCUUAUUAGUUAUCUAUUUUAUACAUAUCAGUGUACAUAUGUCAAUCUCACUCUCCCAAUUCAUCACACCACCACCAUCACCGCCACCACUUU